CGGGAGUCUGGGCAUGUGCAGAGCGGGGCCGGGCCGCUCGCCGCGCCCGCCGCGCCCCGGGGCUUCGGGAGCUGCCUCCGCCCGCCCUCUGCCAGGUGUGCAGCCGCCUUAGGUGAGGCGGAGAGGGGGAGCCGCUGGCCGGCGGCGGAGAGGCAGGAUGAACAGCUCCGACGAAGAGAAGCAGCUGGAGCUCCUCGCCAGCCUAAAGGAUCAAGCUAUUGGUGAAUAUGAAGAGCUUAGAGCAGAGAAUAAGAAAACGAAAGAGGAGUGUGACAAAAUCAAGCAGGAACGAGAUGAGGCUGUCAAAAAACUGGAGGAAUUUCAGAAAAUUUCUCACAUGGUUAUUGAGGAAGUAAACUGUAUUCAGAACCAUCUUGAAAUUGAGAAGACGUGCCGUGAAAGUGCUGAGGCUUUGGCUUCUAAGCUGAACAAAGAAAAUAAGACCUUGAAAAGAAUUAGUAUGCUUUAUAUGGCAAAACUGGGCCCAGAAAUUAUCACUGAAGAGAUUAACAUUGAUGAAGAUGAUUCAUCCACAGAUACAGAAGCUAACUCUGGAUCAUGCAACUCUGUGCAUUGUCAGCAGCAAAUAAAAGAGCUGCGAGAUCAAAUCGUAUCUGUUCAUGAGGAAAAGAAGACCUUAGCCAUUGAACUGGAAAACCUGAGGUGCAAACUUGUAGAAGUAAUUGAAGAAGUGAAUAAAGUGAAAGAAGAAAAGGCUGCUUUGACAACAGAAAUUAAUCAGCAGCAAAAACUAUUGGACAAAUGUAACAGAGUGUCUGUGAUGGCCGUAGAGGAAUAUGAAGAGCUUCAUGUAAACUUUGAGCUGGAAAAGAACCUGCGGCAGAAAGCAGAAUCAUUUGCACAAGAGAUGUAUAUUGAACAAAACAAGAUGAAAAGACAAAGUCAGUUGCUUCUGCAAAAUGCUGCUCCUGAUCAACAGCUUUUGAAGGCUUUGGAUGACAAUGCCAAGCUCACCCAUGCAUUAGAAGAAGAGAGGCUUCAACACCAACAAAAGAUCAAAGAAUUGGAAGAGCAGCUAGAGAAUCAAGCACUGCAUAAAGAGAUUAAUCGUCUUAAACAGCAACUAGAACUUUUGGAAGAAGAUAAAAAGGAAUUAGAGCUUAAGUGUCAAAACUCAGAAGAAAAAGCUAGAGACCUAAAGCAUUCAGUUGAUGAGCUUCAAAAACGAAUACAGCAGUCUGAGAACCCUCCACCACCUCCUCCCCCACCACCUCCUCCUCCUUUGCCUCCUCCCCCUCCUCCUAACCCUAUAAGGUCUCUCAUGUCAAUGAUUCGCAAGAGAUCUCACUCCAACACCAACGUGAGCAAGAAGGAGAAACCUCCCCAGCAGGAGUCAGGUGAAGAAGUUACAGAUCUGAAGAGACAAGCUGUUGAAGAAAUGAUGGACAGAAUUAAAAAGGGAGUUCAUCUGAGACCAGUCAACCAGUCAAGCAGGCCUAAAACAAAGCCAGAAACACCAAAGCCCUCUGAAAGUGCAAUGAAAGAAUUAAAAGGGAUUCUGGAAACACUGAAUAAAUCCACGAGUUCCAGGAGUUUGAGGUCCCUUGAAACAGAGAGCAGUGAGACAGAGCUGGAACGAGUUCUGCGGCGCCGGAAAGUCACCACUGACCAGGACAGUGGUGGUCCCACUGGAACUCUGGCUACAUCAGAAUCAAAAUCUUUGCCUGUGCUGGGUUCAGGAGCCAGUGCUGCACAAACAGCAUUGAACAAGAAAGACCUGGAGACAGAAUUCAGCUCCAAAGUCCCCGACUCAGGUCCUGUCUCCAGCCAGCCUAAGGGAGUCCCGGGCUCCAAGCUGACAUUACAAUCAACGAGUCAUACAGAACUUACAAGAAAAGCUUCUAGAAAUGAAAAAGAGACAGAGUCUGUUGUAGUUUUAGAUCCUGUUUCCACCAGAGGGGAUCAGAAGUCUGAAAACACACUGAAUCAAAACAAAGUGAAAGAAAAAAGCAAGCCGGUCCAUAAAGAAACUAAUGCUGAGAAAAUAAAAGAAACAGACAGUUCUAACUGUUAAUUGUUAUGCUGAAAGGCUGUAACUUUUAGGAAUCAUUAUCUGGACAUGUAAAAUGCUUUGGUGUGUUACUAGGGGCUGCUGUCUGUACUCCAAACCGUUUUCAGUAAUAGAGAUGGAAAUGGUCUUUUUAUGCAGUUUUGUUACAUGCAUUAAAGUGGUUUUUGACUGUGUCUCACUCAAAACCCUUUUCCCGUUUUAAUUUUGCAGGUAUGGUUAUUUUUUUUUAGAUACUGUCAAUUACUUCUUUAAAACUAUUUCAAAAAGCUUUUUUCAUUACUCUCUGGAGUAAUCUCUCCCUUGCAUCUCUCUGGAAUGAGAUGGGUUGGGUUAGACCCUAUAAAGGUGAUUACAUAGACAUCAGCUUAAAAAUGGGGGUAUUACCCAUAAUUAGAAAAUCAGGUUUUCAACCCAUUGCUUUUAAAUGUAUUUUGAGAUCUACUUAAACCAAGAUCUUGUAGGGCUCCUUACUGCUGUCUCCUCACACUCUCUUGUGUGGAUGUGAAAAGCACAAGUGUAACACUUGUAUCUCAGAUUCCCUGCUGGACAGUGAGCCCAAAGACUGAAAAGCAGAGGCAGGGCAGGAUGUUGUUUUGGCACCAAGAAUUCUGGCUUUGGUUCUCAGUACCAAAAGUUUGUGGGUUGAGAUUGGUGCUCUCGUUUGGAUGGAGAGCUUUCCAAAAGAGUUGUUGUUGUCUCCUGGUUUGGUUUGGGUUUUUUUAAUUUUAUUUUAUUUCAGUCUUAAAGUUGGGAACUAUUGCAACUGCAUUUACUGCCACAAAAAAACCCACCUUAUUCUAGGUUCCUGUGAGUAGGAACUGUACCUGGGAAUCACUUAUCCUAGGGUAGCAAGUUAUUUGGAAUCAAUAUUCUGAGAA